AUGUGGCGGCCACGAGACGGACGGAGCGACCGAUCCAGCCACGCCAACUCCCAGCCUUCUCAAGCUCCCUCCGUCGCUCCCACUCCUCAGCCCCUCCCUCCUCCUCCUCCCCUCCUCUUCCCCUCCCUCCGUUUCCGCUCUAUUUCUCUUUAUUUCCCUCUCCCAAUGCCCAGCGUCGCAGACGAAUCAACCGCGGGCACCGGCGCCGCGGCACGCAGGCGCAGCGUCGAUGUCGGUGGGCUCGCCCUCGCGCUCGGAGACAACCUUGGUUCAGGUCAGGGCUGGGGCGGCUGGGACGAAAGCGAAAGAGAUAGAGACCUCACAUGCUACGCCGAGCUUCUCAGCGACAUGUACACCCACACACACAUCGCCGUCACAAAUCACGAUCAACCCUCCCCGCUCGACAUCCCUCCAAAAACUCGCAAGCGUCUGAUCAAGUCUCUCGAUACUUGGAAUUUCGAGCCCCACAAGCUUCCAGACGAGGAGGUCCUCUUCUGCUCCGUCAUCCUCUUCCAAACCCUAUUUCGACUCGAAGGCAUGCAGCAGGAUGUCGGCGUGUCUAUCGACCAGAUAUCCGCCCUCCUCAGCAACCUCCGCAAAGUCUACCGCCAACAAAACUCAUAUCACAAUUUCGCACAUGCCCUCGACGUUCUCCAGGCGACCCACUCCUUCCUGCACUCCGCGGGGCGUGUCCCGCCCGUAUCGAUACUGCUUAGAAGAAAUCGUCGGACAUGGAAGCCAGACAGGGGUCGCUUAGAAAAAUCUUUGGUCUCGUGUCUCAGGAACCAAGACCUUCUGUGUCUGUACAUAGCAUCUAUCGGCCACGACGUAGGCCAUCCAGGAUUUACGAACGGCUUCAUGAAAAAUGCCAAGGCCCCGCUCUCUUCGCUCUAUGAUGACAAGUCGCCCCUCGAGCAAAUGCACUUCACGCUCCUUCUCCACCUCAUGCGUCACCAGGGCCUUGACGCGCUUCUCGACAACCCGCGUUCAGGCGCCCAGUUCCGCAAGCUGUUGCUCGAAAUCGUGCUCGCGACGGACAUGCGUGUGCACCUCGAGUUCAUGAUCCGGUUUAAGCGCCUCGUGGACGGCGAGGUCGUCGACGAGUGGAAGAAGAAGCUCCUCGUGUGCCAAGCGCUGAUCAAGUGCGCCGACAUCAGCAACCCUGUGAGCGUUCCCCUGAUCGCCCUCGCUCCCUCGCCCGCGUGCAGGCUUGCUUGCCUACGCGCGCGCGUCGCUGCGUCGCGGUUCCUAUCGUUCCCUUGUCGUCCGCUCCGCGUCUCGCAGCACUGGGCGUCCGCGCUCAUGGAAGAGUGGUCAUGCCAGGCGGUGCUGGAGCAACACCUCCAGCUUCCACCGUCUGUCAGCGCGUCCGACAACCCACUCGCAGAGGCCAAGUCGCAGGUGUUCUUCAUCGAGACCUUUGCAAAGCCGCUGUUUCUCCUGACGUCUUCUGGAAUUCCUGAAUCGCGCAAAUACGCGGUCCAGUGCGAGAGCAACCUCAAGCUUUGGAAACAUCGCUGCCGCACGCUCGAUGGCGACGACGACAAGCCGUACGAGCGGGCGCCCGAGCCUACGCAGCUUCCUGAGGACUUCCUCGACGCAUUCCCCAUGACGCUCCCAGCGUCACUGCUCCGCGCGGAGCAGGACGAGCACGAGCACGCGCCGCUCGACUGGCCUGCGCCCUCAACGCGCGCGUCGUCCGAUGUGUCUACCUCGUCCCGCGCGCCGUCGCCCGCGCCGUCGGCGACCUCCACGUCCGCGCUCCCGCUGUCGUUUACAUCCUCCUUUUCUGCACCCGCGCACCUGCACUCGCAUCCGCAAUCUCCCCUCCAUCCGCAUCAGGACCACGAACACGACCACGAACACGACCACUACGCAUCUGCAUCCCUAUCUACCUCGGCCUUGUUCAAGCCGCUCUCUGCGACGGCGAGUCCGCCGACCUCGCCCAGCGAUGCCCGCUCUGAGAUCUCCGAUAUCCCGCCGCGCGCGCUCGGCGGCGGCAGUGGCACCAGCGUCAUCCUUCCCCCGCGGAGCCUGAGCUCGGGCUCGAGCCCUAGCCCCAGUGCCGUCACCCUCUCGGCCUUUGGGUCCGCGUCCGCGUCGGCAACGGCGUUGGGAUCUGGCGGCGCAGGUACGGCGGCGAUCCGCGCAGCGUACAAGGCGAGCGUGCGUAAAAAGACGAGCUUCCAUCGGAACUCGUGGAACCCAGUGCCUAGCGCGGCCGCGUUGUUCCCGCCGCCGUUGCCGGUCGCGAUAGCGGUCGGGGCGGGGUCGGGGAGCAGGGCGGAGGCGGAGGCGAGGUCGUAG